AUGCUUCGACGUCUGAAAGCACAAGUUAGUCAAGUUGCAAACGAACUGCCUGGAGUUCUUUCGCCAUCAUCUCGUAAUGACGGUAGACAAUACCUUUCUUCAUCCGAUACCAGCCAGGAUAACAUUGAUGAUGAAGUCGAGGGUUUUCUUUGCCCUAUAUGUAUGAGUACUUUCACUGCACCAGAAUUGCUAUCAGAACACUUUGAGGAAGCUCAUAACAAGGUGAAUGAUUUUAUUUUAAGGCAAUUUUAUGCUCCGUUUCCUUGUGCUAACUCUACCAAUUCUUUUUCCUCGAAGGAUAAAGAAAUCGAAGAACUACGUAUUCAGAUUAAUGAGGAACGUAUCUAUUCAGAGGAAGUCGAUCGUAUUCAGUCCAUUGUUGCCCAAGCGACAGAUGUACCGCAUGGAGAUGUGCCUUAUCUUAUGCAGCAAAUUCAAGUACUUGAGGCGGGAAAGAGUAUGGGUACGAGAAUGUUGGAGUUUGAGAAGGAAAAUAUUCAACUAAAGAGAGUAUCAGAAAACGGUCAGCAGGAAAAGUACGACAUUAUGGUAAAGCUAAAACAACUUAGUGGGCAGAUUCGUGAACUAACUGAUGAAAAUGAAGGGAACUGGAUCUCCUCAAUAAAACGCUUGAUCAGAGGUGUUCAAAGCUUUGCUAUGCUUGAAUUUAUGUUUUCCUUAACAAUUCUUUCUAGACCAAGUGAGGACGACGUUGCCGUGUUAAGAACUGAGCUAAUUCACGCUCAGAAGUUGAUGGACGAGAUAUCUCAACAAAAAGAUGUUGAAAUCAGUGAACAACUUAACUCUAUUAGGCAGCUUAAUAUGGAGCGGGAAAGUUUCUUUUUUCAGGCUGAACGUUUUGUCGAGAUCGAGAAAGAGAUUGAAGAAGAACGACGUACAUCACAUGAUCGUAUAAAUAAACUGAAAGAAGUAAUUCGGUCAAAGGAGGCAAAUAUAUUAGAGACUCGAAAACAACUAGAAGAGUUAGCAGAAAAAAAUCGCCUUCUUCGUGAAAAAGAGCGCCAAAUAGAAGAAAGUCGUCAAAAAAUUGAGGACUCAAUAUCUCGAAUAGCUGAUGCAGAGUUGAAAGCGCGGAAAUUGGUCCGUAUUCUCUAUGUCAAUCUUAAGAAUCUUCUGAUGGCCAUCAUCGAUAUUGCAGGAAGUCAUACUUUUUUAGACACGGGUAUAAUGUACCAUUUCAGAUGCUUAAACACCGAGAGUGAUUUGGAUUUUGAAAGAGAUCGAGCAUUAGAAAACAAACGGCGAUUCGAUGAAGCGUUAUCGGCAAUGCACGAGUUAGGACGAGCCAACCAAUCGUUGCAGAUGGAUAUUUCUAAACACACAUCGCGAUCAUGGCUGGAUGAUUCGGCCGCAGUUAAUUGUACAGCAUGUGGGAAAUUGUUCAGUUUGACAGUUCGGAAACAUCACUGUCGUGUUUGCGGAUUGAUUUUCUGUAAUCCAUGUAGUUCUAAGACAGCACAGAUUGCGAGUCACAAAAAUCCAGUAAGAGUUUGCGACAAUUGUUUCACAGAAGUGCAAAACAGGUGA